GGGACACGAGUUCGUUUUCCCGAGGUUUCGAUGAAACGUAAAUUUCGUAAGUUAUAAUUAAAUAGCAAAUUUGGCAUAUGGCACUACUCUCGUAAUAUGUUUGUGAUAAUAUAAUAAUAAAUUCUACAAUAUGAGAAUUACAAUUUUAAAACUUUAUAAAGAUUUAUUACGUUACGGUGAACAGUUAAGAUUUACGGAUAAAAAAUAUUAUCGAGAGAAAAUACGAGAAGAGUUUAGAGAAAAUAAAACUCUGACCGAAGCGGCAGAUAUCGACUUCCAAUUGAAGAAAGGAUUGAUGUUAUUGAAAAGUCGAAGAGUAAUGUAACCUAAAAGGUACAUUACGAAAAUUUAUCAAAAUAAGAUACGUUCAAAAUGAAUAUACACGUUAAUGCUUUAUUUUCACGCGUAGCAUCAAUUUUGAGUAAACGUUCAUUAUUUUAUGACGUAUUUCAAUGCAUCGAUAAAAAAAUACUUCUUUUUCAUAUACCUAGUUGUUGCAAGAAGGAUAAGGAAACGAAGCUUCACCAUGCGCAACGUACAAGUUUCUACAAUCAAGUACGUCUGAAAUCGUUUAAACGUUAUUUGGAUUAUUCGAAAGUACCGACUAUCGAUGAGAACGAACUUGAGGAAAGAUUUGUAAAAGGAAGCGGUCCAGGUGGUCAAGCAACUAACAAAACAAACAAUGCUGUAACUUUGAAACAUAAACCGACGGGGAUCGUCGUAAAAUGCCAUGAAACGAGAAGUUUAUGGAUUAAUCAGAAACGCGCGCGAGAGAUAAUGAUCACCAAACUGGACAAUUUAUUAAAUGGUGAUCAAUCGAUCGAAAGUCAAGAACGCGUGCUUGGUAAAAAGAUGUUAAUAAAGAAACGACAAAGGCAGAAGAAACUAUCAGAUUUAAAGAAGUCGUUUAAAGAACGCGAAGGACUCGUAUGAAUCGAUAAAGAAUCUCUAUCGUUGAUAUGUAGUAGACAAAAAUAAAGAAUAAAGUCUCAUUGACAUUGACGAAAUAA